AUGUUCAAAUACAUCACUUUCGCCGCUCUCUUCGUCUUCGCCACCGCCGCUCCUGGCUUCAUCGCACAACCGGUUGUAGCCAAAGUUGGCACCGUUGUGCAUAGCGCUCCAACUGCCGUCUCCCACCAGAGCAUCACCCAAGUGCACAGCAAUGCCCAUAUUGUAACACCCGUUGUGAAGACCGUGGCUCCGAUGGUUCCAGUAGUCAAAACUAUUGCCCCUGUUGUACCAGUGUUGAAGACCUAUUCCGCACCGGUGGUGCAUGCCGCUCCAGUUGUACCUGUUGUGAAGACAUACUCCGCUCCAGUGGUCCACCACGUUCCCGUUGUAAAGUCUGUCGUCGCUCCCGUUGUGCCAGUCGUCCAUGCUGCACCUGUUGUAAAAGCUGUGGUUGCUGCUCCGGUUGCCCACUUUGUUCAUCACUGA